UAAAUAAGAGAUCUCUCUCCAUCUCUUCCACUCAAAACAUCAAACAUGGCUCUCUUUCUUGCUUUUUUCUGCCUUUUCAUUUCCUCUGCAAUUGCUUGUGAUCGAUGUGUCCAUCAAUCAAAGGCUGCAUACUUUUCAUCUCCCUCUUCUCUCACAUCUGGGGCAUGUGGGUAUGGCACCAUGGCCUUAGCAUUUAAUGGUGGAUACCUUGCAGCUGGGAGCUCUAAACUCCACAGAGGAGGAGUUGGGUGUGGUGGCUGCUUUCAGGUGAGGUGCAAGAACACCACCCUUUGCACUAGGGGUGGAGUGAAAGUGAUAUUAACGGAUUUGAAUAAAGAUAAUGGAACGGAUUUUGUCCUCAGCAACAAAGCAUUCAUGGCCAUGGGUCGUAGGAACAUGGACCAAGAAAUGAAGAAGGCUGGAAUUGUCGAUGUGGAAUAUAAGAGGAUUCCUUGUGACUACAAGAACCGUAACUUGUCAAUGAGAGUGGAAGAGAGUAGCCAAAACCCAAAUUACCUAGCAAUCAAAUUCCUCUAUCAAGGUGGCCAAACAGACAUCAUGGGCGUCGAUGUAGCUCAGGUUGGUUCAUCUAGUUGGCGUUACAUGACCCGAAAUUAUGGAGCCGUUUGGGAUACAGAUAGAGCACCGGCUGGGCCGUUACAGUUCCGGCUAGUGGUGACGGGUGGUUACGACGGGAAGUGGGUGUGGGCGAAGCACGUCCUUCCGGCGGAUUGGAAGGCUGGAGUGGUCUAUGAUUCAGGUGUCCAAAUCAAUGACAUUGCUCAAGAAGGUUGCCCCACCUGCGACAACAGCCAAUGGAAGUGAUGCCUAUACAAUGUACAUACACAUUCAAUUGAAAUUACAUACAUAUUCAAUUGAAAUUAACUGCUAUUCGUUUAUUCUUCUUGAUGGGUAGAAGGAAGAGAUCAAAUAACGUCGGUUUCACUUUGCAACUAUUGUACUAGUUUUGAUUUGAAAAUUGUUACAAUGUUGGUAGAUGAUGCAUCACAUGUUCAGUCAAUGUUCAAUGCAAAUUCCAAAUGCAACGUCCAUAUUUUCAACAGGUUUCAA